AUGUUGUGGCUAUUAGCAGGGUUUUUCGCAGUUGUAUUAAUAUUGUUAUAUUUCUACGGAACGCGGACUUUCAGUUACUGGGCGAAGCGAGGGGUCAAGCAUGAUGCUCCCGUUCCGUUCUUUGGCACCGCAAAACGACAUUUCCUCCAGCAGAUAUCUAUACCUGACAUUUACCAUGAGAUGUACCAGAAGUAUCCCAGCGAAAGAUUCGUCGGAUACUACCACAUGACUACCCCGAUGCUGAUUCUAAGGGAUCCCGAAUUGGUUAAACAUCUUUUAGUGUCUGAUUUCAACCACUUCUCCUCCAGAAACUUGUUCCCACUUGACAAACAUCCUGAACCGCUUUUGACAAAUCUGGUUACCUGUGAAGGCGAUCUCUGGAAGUUGUUGAGACAGAGGAUGACUCCCGCAUAUUCGACCGGCAAAUUGAAAGCUAUGUUUCCCCUGAUCGUGGCGAGGGCUGAGAAGCUGCAACGAGUGGCGGCCGAGGCGGCGGCGAGCGGCGCAGAGGUCGACGUGCGGGACCUCAUGGCGCGCUACACCACCGACUUCAUCGGUGCCUGCGGCUUCGGAAUCGACACCGACUCACUCAACGAUAAGAACUCCAUGUUCAGAUGGCUGGGUCAACGCAUAUUCAGACAAGAAAGAAGAGACAUGAUUAUAGCCAUCCUUAAAUAUGCCAUGCCGAGUUUGAUGACAAGUUUUAACUUCUUUGCACCAGAGAUCGAAAAAAUUAUGAAAAAGUUGGUAAAAACCAUAAUGACGGAACGGAAUUAUAAGAACUCGGGCAGGAAUGAUUUCAUUGACUCCCUUUUGGAUUUGAAAGAGAAAGGGAAAAUGAUAGGCGAAUCAGUGGUGCACCAGAAAGCUGAUGGAACUCCCUGUUUGGCUGAGAUUGAGAUGGAUGAGGAUAUUAUGAUGGCCCAAGUGUUCGUGUUCUUCGCCGCCGGGUUCGAGACGUCCUCCGCGGUGACCAGCUACACGCUGCACGAGCUGGCGCACCAUCCUGACCACCAGAGGAGGUGUCAGAAGGAAAUUGACGCAGUGCUCGCGCGUUAUGAUAAUAAAUUAUCUUAUGACGCCGUCAAGGAGAUGAAGUUUUUGGAAAUGUGUUUCAGAGAAGGCAUGAGGCUAUUCCCCUCCGUCCCCUCUUUGCAACGCAUGUGCGUGAAACCCUACACUAUCCCGGGCACGGACGUGACGAUCGACCCCGGGGUCAACAUCAUUGUCCCGGUCAAGUCGCUGCAUAUGGACCCCCAGUACUUCCAGGACCCGGAAGAGUUCCGUCCGGAACGGUUCCACCCGGACAAUGUUUCCGCCAUAGACAAGUAUACAUAUCUGCCCUUCGGGACCGGACCGAGAGCUUGUAUUGGUGAGCGUCUUGGCUACAUGCAGUCGCUGGCCGGUCUGGCUGCCCUGCUGAGCCACUUCAACGUGGCUCCCAGCAUCAGCACGCGCCGGAAGCUGAUCUUGGACACCAAGGUCGUGGUCGUUCAGAGUGUCAAAGGAGGCCUGCCGCUAGCCCUUACCGCCAGGAAAAAGACCCAGUGAAGGCACUA